UGAAUCCGGUUACUCGUGAGCGGCCCGCACAGCGACGGCUGCUCUUUGGUUCGUUGCCAGCGUCAAUCAAUCAGUCGAGGUGGCGGAACGGCUUCUUCGCUGGGUAUUCCGGCUUGUUCCUGGAGCCAUUGAGGGACGGUGUGUCAGCUGACUCGAGCUCGUGUUAGCUGAAUCGAGCUGCGUUAAUCAUGCCUACAACUCAACAGUCACCGCAGGAUGAGCAGGAAAAGCUUCUUGAUGAAGCUGUUCAGACUGUUAAGGUCCAGUCUUUCCAGAUGAAGCGAUGCUUGGACAAGAAUAAAUUGAUGGAUGCACUAAAACAUGCUUCAAAUAUGCUUGGUGAAUUACGAACCUCAAUGCUGUCACCAAAGAGUUAUUAUGAGCUCUACAUGGCCAUUUCAGAUGAAUUGCAUUAUUUGGAAGUUUAUCUGACUGAUGAGUUUGCUAAGGGACGAAAGGUGGCUGACCUGUAUGAACUUGUUCAGUAUGCCGGCAACAUCAUUCCAAGACUCUACUUGCUCAUCACUGUUGGAGUUGUCUACAUUAAGUCAUUUUCCCAGUCAAGGAAGGAUAUUCUUAAGGAUCUGGUGGAAAUGUGUCGUGGGGUGCAGCAUCCAUUGCGAGGGCUGUUCCUCAGGAACUACCUACUUCAGUGCACUAGAAAUAUUUUGCCGGAUGAAGGAGAGGAGUCUGAGGAAGUUGUAACUGGAGAUAUCAACGACUCCAUGGACUUUGUGCUGCUGAACUUUGCAGAAAUGAACAAACUCUGGGUGCGCAUGCAGCACCAGGGUCACAGUAGAGACCGUGAAAAACGUGAACGUGAACGUCAGGAGCUGCGAAUCCUAGUUGGUACAAACUUAGUCCGGCUUAGUCAGUUGGAAGGAGUUAAUGUAGAGAGGUACAAACAGAUUGUGUUAACUGGAAUAUUGGAGCAAGUUGUAAACUGCAGGGAUGGUUUGGCUCAGGAGUAUCUCAUGGAAUGUAUUAUUCAGGUGUUCCCUGAUGAGUUUCAUCUGCAAACGCUGAAUCCAUUCCUUCGCUCUUGUGCAGAGCUCCAUCAAAGUGUUAAUGUCAAAAACAUCAUCAUUGCAUUGAUUGAUCGGUUGGCUUUGUUUGCGCAUCGUGAAGAUGGCCCUGGAAUCCCUGCUGAUAUAAAACUGUUUGAUAUCUUUUCUCAGCAAGUAGCUACAGUUAUACAGUCAAGACAAGAUAUGCCAUCUGAAGAUGUAGUAUCUUUGCAAGUAUCACUGAUCAAUCUGGCCAUGAAGUGUUACCCUGAAAGGGUGGACUAUGUUGAUAAAGUGCUUGAAACAACUGUAGAGAUCUUCAACAAGCUUAAUCUUGAACAUAUCGCUACUAGCAGUGCAGUUUCUAAAGAGUUAACUCGGCUUUUAAAGAUUCCCAUUGACACCUACAACAACAUCCUGACUGUAUUGAAGUUGAAACACUUCCAUCCUUUGUUUGAAUAUUUUGACUAUGAGUCACGCAAAAAUAUGAGCUGUUAUAUACUAAGCAAUGCGCUUGAGUACAACACAGAGAUAAUUGGACAAGAACAGGUUGAUGCAAUACUAAACCUGGUGUCGACAUUAAUUCAGGAUCAACCAGAUCAGCCAGCAGAAGAUCCUGACCCAGAAGAUUUUGCUGAAGAACAAAGCCUUGUUGGUCGAUUUAUUCAUUUAUUUCAAUCUGAAGAUCCUGACCAACAGUAUCUGAUCUUAAACAGUGCCAGAAAACAUUUUGGUGCUGGUGGCAAUCAAAGGAUUCGUUUCACUUUGCCGCCAUUGGUUUUUUCUGCCUACCAGCUGGCCUUCUGCUACAAAGAGAAUUCAAAAGUGGAUGAAAAAUGGGAAAAGAAAUGCCAGAAGAUAUUUUCUUUUGCCCACCAGACUAUCAGUGCCCUCAUUAAAGCAGAGCUUGCAGAGUUGCCUCUCCGUCUAUUUCUGCAGGGAGCACUUGCAGCUGGGGAUAUUGGGUUUGAGAACCAUGAAACUGUGGCUUAUGAGUUCAUGUCACAGGCAUUUUCUCUGUAUGAAGAUGAAAUCAGUGACUCCAAGGCACAGCUAGCAGCAAUCACAUUGAUAAUUGGGACAUUUGAGCGCAUGAAAUGCUUCAGUGAGGAGAACCACGAGCCUUUGAGGACACAAUGUGCAUUGGCUGCUUCAAAGUUGCUUAAGAAGCCAGAUCAAUGUCGUGCUGUUAGCAUCUGUGCUCAUUUAUUUUGGUCUGGGCGGAACACUGAUAAGAAUGGAGAGGAGAUUCAUGACGGCAAGCGAGUGAUGGAAUGCCUUAAGAAGGCUUUGAAAAUAGCCAAUCAGUGCAUGGAUCCAUCGCUACAAGUACAGCUCUUCACUGAAAUCCUUAAUCGAUACAUUUACUUUUACGAAAAAGAAAAUGAGGCGGUGACUAUUCAAGUUUUAAAUCAGCUUAUUCAAAAAAUAAGGGAAGAUCUCCCAAACUUGGAAUCCAGUGAAGAAACUGAGCAAAUUAACAAACACUUUCACAACACACUGGAGCAUCUGCGUCUGAGGAGAGAAUCACCUGAAGCUGAUGGACCAAUUUAUGAAGGUCUUGUCUUGUAGCUGAGCACCACACAAGUUAUAAAGAUUCCAGAAAACAAAAUUAAAAUCACUAUUACACCUCCUUUUCUGUAGUGGAUGGUUAUAGAACGUGCCUUUUAGACAUGCCAAGACAAUAGGAAUGCAUUGAAAUGUAUCAUUCAUAGAAUAUUCUACCUAUUGACUAUCUACUUUCAAGGAAGCCAUUCCUUUGAUUUCAGCCAGUUUGUUUGUUUGUUUUUAUCUAUUGCAGCAUGAUUUGGAUUUACCUUACUUACAUAUUUCAAUUUGAGCAGAAAGGUAACCACACUAAUCUGUUUUAAACUAAAUUGUCCUGCAGUUUAAUUGUAAAAUUCCUACAUCUGAAUGUCUAAAUGUUAGUUGUUUCAGCAAACCUCUGUUGCAGUUCACCACGUUUUAUUUGUGAGUCAGUUAAUUUAAAAGAUAGUAGUUUAUUUCAGCUGAAUAUCUGCACAUGAAAUCUUUUCUCCUGAAGCUGGAAGUUAUAAAAUAUCCUGUUGGAUAGAACAUUAAUUGUUUAAGGGGAGUAAGUAUACAGAUUAGAUCAUAUAGGAGUAGGUUAACAGGUCCAAUUGCCUCCAUAUACUCUAACGAUUAUAACUCUUUGACUUUAUAAUUGACAAAUUCUAGUUAAUUAUAAAGCUACAAAUAACACAUGCACAAUUUACGCAAAGAUUAACAGUUUCAGAAUUUGUAAUUAGUAUGUUAGAAGCAAACUUUCUAUAUUAAUUGCUCUCUUAAUUGUUCCUAAUGUUUAAAAGAAAAAUUUUCUCUUAGGAUUCCAGAGAUCUAUAACUGUACCACACUAAACUAGAAUGGGAAAAAAAAACUGUGUAAAUUAGAAAUGUUAUCCAAUGUGUUUGUAAUAUGUGGAACAAAUUAGCCAGUUGACAUUAGUGUACUGGAGCUCAGGUCAAAAUUCUGACGCUGGAAUUAAAUUAAUUAGAACUAGUCUUUUAGUACCUUUAUUUUGCAAAACCAACUGAAGUUUGCCUUACUGAGUUAAUGAAGAACAGUGCAAGUAAUUAGCCUCUACUUUUUACUGGACACAAUAUGUAUGAUAUCUAAAACAGAAUUUGGUGAACCUUUCGCUGCUUUUUGUCGUCCAAGAAACCAAGUUAAUUUUUAUAGUAGUAUUAAAACUUAAGAACAUGCAAGUUCACACUGAACUUUCUAUUUGCCAGUUUUCAAGUUUGGUUUAUCUUGUCAUGCACAAAAUCCCAGAGUUCAGAUUCUUUCCAGUAUGUAAUUUAGCUAUACAGACCAAGAAUAUUCAUAGUUUGUUCAGUUAUUUCCCUACAUGAACAAUAGUCAAAAUUCUGCUGUUAAGAGGCUUUCUGUAUUAGGGAAAUAAAAAUAAGGCAAUGUCUUGAUUUAAGUAACUUCCAUUAUCUCUGCUGGAAGUGGAUUUUUUUGACUUGAGUGCAAGCAACCUGAAUGGCUAAUGCUUCUAUGGUCAGAUAACAAAUAUUCACCAUGGAUGCUUGUACACCAUCAUUGCACACUUUUGGGUUACUGGAAGAUGACUAGACUCAUUUACCAUAACCUCUAACUAGUAACCAGCUUUAGAAGAGUUGCAAAAAUAGGGAAGGGAAAUACCAUAAAGUACAUCCUUUUUCAUUAAUGCAAUUGCAAGUAUUAAUGUGUAAAAUAAAAAUGUCAAUGUGGUAUAAUAUUGACAACAUAGCUGCUGUUUUGACUAACUUUUUAAAUAAUGUACACAGCUGAAUGAAAAUAGUUUCCAUAUGUUUCUUGAACACCAGGAAGAAAAUAAUGCUAUCAAACUUUACAUUAGCUGAGAGCUAUAUGAAUCUUAUACUUACUCAUUCUGAAGAAUUGGUUGGAGGUGGUAAUCUGUUUGUAACAAGUCCAGCCUUUGUACUGAUUGACCUAAUUAUAAAGGUUGUCUUCCAAGUUAUGCAUUAUACUAGUAGAUGUGAUGUUCUGUUUGGUGACUUCUUAUUGCAGCCAUUUUGCAUAUAAUGUGUCAAUUCCUGUAAAUCUGUUUAAUCGCACAUCUUGUGUGACAGCUCAUAACCCAGCAAUUUGUUGCUGGCUGUUCUAAUCCCUGUUUGCCACCUAAAAGAUAAAAGGGUUUUGCGUUGUAAUUAUUUUGACAAAAUACCAAAUGGCAUACUAUGGAGUGAAUUUUGUAGCUUGAAAUUACGAAAGAAAAUAUACCCCACUAUAUUGUCAACCUUUCUCGGACAAGUGACAAAUUAACCGGUUUCUAUAUUGUCGACCUGCAACAUGUAUUGAUUAGCAUUUUGUGUCUGUCUGUCUUUUGAAGUUGUUUUUCACAGUCCACUCAAGUUGUUCAUUGAGAACCAUUUGUAAAACUUGGAAGCUAAAUUCUCAAAUCAAAGGAUUCAUAAGUUUGACCUGAAGAACAACUUUUUGUUUAAAGGUUUCUAAUUGUCUGACUAUGUCUCAAAAUGGCACACUUUGGGAUCUGCACUCUAUUUGACAUCAGUUAAGCAGGUGAGCUAGGUGAGAGACUUCUCGCUCAUUUUAAGGGAAGUCUUGAUUAGCAGGAUGAGAAUUACCCAACAUACAUUGCUUUCAGUGAAUUAAUGCCCUAAUUGUUUUAAGUUUGUCAUUUUCCUUAAUUUGUGAAGACUGUUGCAUUAUUUUAGAUAUUGAUAUUGCUUCUCUAGAAAGCUUACUCAUUAUGCUGUAGGUGUAGUGGUAUUGUUAAAUUCUAUAGUAGUUGUAAAGACUUUAUUCUAAAACUAGCACAUCACGUACUUCAUGUAAAAUCUUGAGCUGCUAAGUUGGUAAAAGGGUGGUGUUUGCUGUAUUCAGAGGUUUAUGAUGUAUUUGUAUACAUGUAUCCUUGCAACCGAGCAUGUAUUCAUUUCCCCAUUUGAGAAAUGAAAUAUACUUUUUGAAAUCACUGUAACAUACUUGUAAGCUUUAUAAUUCCUUUGUAAAUUAACUGGAGUAUUAUGGUCAAUGUAUUCAACAAGAAACCUAUUAAAAUGCUUGACCAAG